AUGGCUAGAAUCGUUCACAUCACAGUUUUACAAUUGCUCCUAAUAUCCUCCCUCCUAUCUUCCUUUUCAAUGAUCUUAGUUUGCGCGGAAGAUUAUGAGUUUGUGAAAUCAGUGAACCCCAAGUUUCUCGGUUUAAAGAAAGAAAAACUCACACAUAUUCGUUUGUAUUGGCACGACGUUGUUGAUGGUUCUAAUCCCUCUGCCGUAACAAUAGUGCAACCACCCUCUAACUCCUCCAAAACAAGGUUUGGCCUAAUAAGAAUGUUCGAUAACGCUCUAACCCAAGGGCCCGACCCGAGCUCAAAACUUCUGGGAAGGGCUCAAGGGUUUUACGGGUUUGCUUCACAAGAAGACAUUACUUUGUUGUUGUCUCAGAACUUUGCUUUCGUUCAUGGGAAGUAUAACGGCAGCACCAUAACUCUGAUGGGGAUUAACUCGAUCUUCAACAAAGUGAGGGAGCUGUCUGUGAUAGGAGGAAGUGGACUUUUCAGGUUUGCUAGGGGUUAUGCUCUAGUAACCACUCAGUCGUUCAAUGCCUCUAAAAGUGAAGAUGCUAUAGUGGAGUAUAAUAUCUAUGUCUUGCAUUAUUGA